AUGGCCUUUCAGCAAGGGCGCAACUCGACCGAUUAUGCAGCGACUGCGUUCGGUAGCAGCCAGCCCCUUACUAGGGACAAUAGGACGAAUGUAUGGCGCGAGGACGAUAGCUACUACGGCGGCGGCGAUCAGAGAUCUUAUCAUGGCCAACAGGUUCAACCAGACUGGCACCCGGCUCCAAACUCCCCACCACCGAGACAGUAUGGCAUGCGCAUCCGGGGCGCAGCUGGGUUGGAACAUGACGUACAUUUCCCUGGAGCAGCCGAACACGGAGAACACUACCAAUACCGCAAUCAAUCACGAAUGAUCCCGCCUCGCUGUUCCGCUAGAGCCCGGUCAAGUCCGAAUGGCGACCACCACGACCUCAACACGCUGCUGGGUGACCGAAGUCUCAUCGUCCAGAGGAAAGAUGAGCAAAUUACAGAGCAACAAAAGUUCAUCAACAAGCUCACCAGCGAAAAUCAGACCCUUGCAGCUAGCCUCGAAGAUCUAACUAUGCUCAAGGACAACUUAACUCGGCAGCUCCAUGAGAAGAACUUUGAACUCAAACGAGUGCACUGUCAUGAUCCUGAGGCGCUACAUCUUCGAUGUGAGCUCACUGCUGGUCGAAACGGGAAGUUACGGGAUGCCGAUCGCUAUAUCAAGGACCUUCUGAAUCAGAUCCACAACCUUGGGGAACUGCCGGUCCCUCCACCUCAUGAGGGUUUCCGUCCUCCUUACUCAAUAAAGGGUCCUCAGGGGGAUAGGCAGGCGGACGGCUACGUGGGCUCGGACACAGACCUCGACGCACGCGACUUUCCGGACGACCCUGAUUUCCAAGGCGCAGAUCUAGCCACACCUGUAGAACGAAGAAUCCAAGCACUGGGCGCCACCAUGGACGAGAAUGACCUCUUGAAAGCACACCGACCCGUAAUCGUCUCAAAAUCUCCGAAAUUGCAGAGACAACGAAAAGAGUCCAUGGUCGCGGCCGGUCGAUCAGACCGUACUUUGGGCCAGGGUUGA